ACGACGACGACGACAAGAAUCGUCCAGUGAUCUCACGGCGAGACGACAAUGCCGCUACCGAACAUUCUGAGGAAAGCGAGCAGCUACAUCCUCGGCGACUGUGGCCAGGACAACCGGCGCGUCAUUUACCAAGACGGCGAGGCGUUGUUCUGCAAAAACAACGUCUGCGUGCACCCGCCGACUCUCAUGAGACAACACGCCGAUGUGGUGCACCAUCCCGGCUACAUGACCAUCACGUGUAAGUUGAACAAAAACUCCAACUUGCCGACCCUGCACCUCAGCUGGAUACCCAACAGCACGUUGCGCAAGCAUCCCACAACGUUGGAGAGUCUAAGCGCGAGGAACGUCGCCGCGGCUCAACGAGACUCCAUCGACCCGACCUCUCCGCGCUCGCCUCGCUCGGAGAAGACGUGCGAGCCACUGAACGCAAGGCACGAGCUGGAGAACGAGAACGAGAACGAGAAUGAGAACGAGAACGAGAACGAGAACGACAACGGGAACGGCAAGCUCGACGUGUGCCUGGAGGCGAAGGAGCCCGUCAAUUGUGGCGACUGCGAGCGUGUUUGCUCCGGCUCAGGGUGCAGCUACGGCUACGACUUCUUACGCCGUCGAGAUCCGAUUGGCACGACUAGCGACGCCGAGAGCCUCGAGACCGAGAACCGUCCGAACUCGGGCUCAGCCGAGUCGCGCAACGAGGAGAACGGGGAUGUGAAGGAGCGAAGUAAUGACGCCGACACCAGGAGCAUCGACGAGGAAGCGCGUCUCUCGUUCCGCGACGACGUCAGCGUGAAGAGCCGCAGUUUGUCGUUGACCUCGACCUGCAGUCUGUCGCUCACGGUACCCACUGACGCCGAAGAGAUGCCCACGUGGAUGAGAUCUCCGGAAUUGCUGGCCCUGCAACACAAUCUCGCCUUUCCCGAGAGCGCGACCGCGUCACCGGUGACGCUGCGGCGGGCGCAUCGCUGCCGGAGAUUCUCGGUGGACCUCAGCGAGAUGAGGUCUCUCAGGCUGUUCUUUGCCGAUCCUGCCUGCACCUGCGGCCAAUUGGUGGUGGCAAGCAGAGAGAGCCAAUACAAGAUCCUGCAUUUCCAUCACGGUGGCUUAGACCGACUGGCCACCACUUUGCAUCAGUGGCAUCAGUUGCUCUAUCCGCGUUUGAACGCGGAUACAGAGGAGAGUCUGCCAUACAGGCACUUCAUGGUGUGCAGACCCGAGGUGAGCCGGGACGAGCUGCAUCCGGAGGAAGGCCAAGUGCCGAUGAUCACGUCAUUGGCUUGGAAAGAUCUGCUGAAUGAACGGGGCCAAGUGGAGGACGAUCUCGCUCUGCGCAAGGGGAUAUUCUUCGGUGGCUUAGAGCCGGCGCUGCGGAAGAUCGUCUGGCCGUUUCUGCUGCACUGUUACUCGUACCAGAGCACAUACGAGGAUAGGGAGCAGAUCGAUGCGAUCAGGCGGCAGGAGUACGAUGAGAUACAGAAGCGCAGGCUGAACAUGAGUCCGGAGCAGGCCGAGCGUUUCUGGCGGAACGUGGUAUGCAUAGUGGAGAAGGACGUGGUCCGCACGGACCGAGGUAAUCCGUAUUACGCCGGUGAGGGUAAUCCUAACAUCGAGGUGAUGAAGAAUAUCUUGCUUAAUUACGCGGUUUACAAUUGCCGUCUGGGCUACACUCAAGGGAUGUCAGACCUCUUGGCUCCGUUGUUGGCCGAACUCAAUUCCGAAAUCGAGGCCUUCUGGUGUUUCGCGGGACUGAUGCAGAGAUCGGUGGCCGUGUGCACUCCUACCGACACGGACAUGGACAGAAAUCUGUGCUACUUGCGGGAGUUGGUGAGGAUAAUGGUACCGGACUUUUAUGCACACCUUCAAAAGCACGCGGACGCCUUGGAACUUUUGUUUUGCCACCGAUGGAUACUUCUGUGUUUGAAGAGAGAAUUCCCCACGGAGAUAGCGUUGAUUAUGUGGGAGGCCUGCUGGGUCAAUUACUUAACGGAUCAUUUCCACUUGUUUCUUUGCCUAGCUAUAAUGUGUGUUUACGCGGACGACGUGAUCGCGCAGGAUCUCAGGACGGACGAGAUGCUGCUGCACUUCAGCUCGUUGGCCAUGUACAUGGACGGGAACGUGAUAGUGAGGAAGGCACGAGGCCUGCUCCAUCACUUCCGUCAGCUCGUGCGUUUGCCUUGCACGCUGGCUGGCUUGUGCCGCCAAUGCGGCCCGGGGAUGUGGGACAGCACGCACGAUCCGGUGAUAGAGUGCGUGGGCCACGAGGAUGCGCACUGUCCCUAUUUGAAUAAUUACGAGUAACCUUCUCGUCGUUCAUAGGGAGAAGGGAGAAAAUCAGUAUUACUUAACGCGUGGAUCUAUAUCUUAUUUCGUCGGCUUAUUCAAUUGUAAACCCUUGUUCUCUCUCUCUCUCUAUGUGCAUGUAUAUCCGUCUAUUUCUCUUUCUCUCUACACGAAUCCUUCUUUGUACUCGUAGCUAUAAAUUUUGUACAACCAGACGGACAUUUGUCGCGAUCUAACGUACGACGUUCAACCACGCUCCUUGGGUUUACAUGCAAAUAAGCUGAGUCGUCGCGAGCGCGACGGCGCGUAUUGUGUUGUGCGUCUUUGUUGUUGUAUCAGCUGUAUUUAGACACUCUGUGCAUUGGCAGGAGGGUGAAAUUGAUUAUCUAUCUCUACAUUACAUUACGCAACGUCGUUAUCACGCAGUCCAGUGUAAUUGCUGAAGCGUUCCAAGACAUAUCUCGAGAUCCGAUUUCCAGAUGAAAUUUAUUGUCGAUCGAAAUCAAGAACUCGAAAGACUCUGACAUAGUUGUACGUAUACAGAUUCGCGAUGGCGUGACACAACGCGCGCGCGCACGCGAUGUUGAAAAUAGAUGCUCAUAGUACUCGUAGUGUUGAAGACUGAAAAACGAAAGGAGAUAAUUAGCAUAUGCGUCCGAAUGUCCCAGCAGCGGGGCGAGGGAAGAUGAUAUCCGUCAUUUAACGUUAUCUUUGGUAAUGUAACAAUCUGAAAAUGCGACAGAGAGCGAGCUCGUCCGCGCGGAGAACCAAAGAAAGAAAUCAAAUCACACACGAUACGAAAUAGCUAUGUAUAUACACACACACACACACACACGCACACACGCACACAUGUGUGCACGCGCAUCAUAAAUUAACGACGUGUAUACUUGGUUUCAGUACGAUUCGAACACUCUUUUCUCUCCUCGAGCAGCAGUUCGGAACGAGUUGCUGAUGACUCAAUGAAAUUGAGCGCUUGUUCUUGUCCUCUUAAUUUUUGUGCGUUGCGAUUAUGUCUUAGAAGUUGAGUUCUCCAGUCGGACUAUCGAUCGCGUGCUACAAACUGCGUGGGGAGAAGAAUAAAAGUAUUCAAGCCGUACUGAAACCAAGUUUACGUUCACUCCGAAGUGUUCACUUAUUUUCGCGUGUAUACACGUGAUCGCAUUUACUUGUCGCGUAGAUUUAGUAUACAUCGAACAACUAUUUUUUCCCACGUGCGUAGCUUUUGUCGAUCGCGAUGUCACCCGAAUCGUCAUCGCGCUUCUACUAUCGACACUUGCGUAGAGAACUGCGUGAGUUCCCUGCUUGUCACACGCGAUCGCAUGUUACCUGUUUCCAUCUCGGGGGGAAAAUCCACUUUGAAACAAAUAGGAUUUAUCGAGAUAAGCUGGUGAUCUCAAUGGUACUUAUAAGCGAACACACACAUCGUAAUUUAUAUAUUCCACGUUUCUUUGUUUCUAUUUCUUUCUCUCCCUCUUUUUUCCUCUUGUAUCUCUCAUUGUCGCAAACACACGUGAGGGCGAUGCCCGCCAUUUUAGCCGAAGUCUCACAGACACCGUGCCUAUGCAACAGAGGCGAUUGUAAACGCAUUCAGCGCGCUAGUCUACUUGAUCAGGGACAUGGAAUUUGAUCGGAAAUAGCUUUUAUCGCUUUUAUCGUGCUAUCUUGUGUCGUUGGAAUCUUGAAGAGAAAUCUAUCCGUGUUAAGAUCCGCCUCGCGCGCGGAUCUCAGUACGAAAUAAAUUUAAGGAGCGUAGAAAGGGAGAAGAGAGAAACACAAUGUGUGUACAUAUACCGGUGGGAAUAAAUCGGCAGAGACUUGUAUAA